CCCCCCCCCCCUCCUCUUCUUUUUUUUUUUUUUUUAACCUUGGGCAUCGCCUAUCAUUCCCCCGUUCGAUUCCAUCUUUUUGUUUCUUCUGGCCUUUCCUUUCAAAAAUUCGAACGAUUAUUACCCUCGACUUUCCCGUCCUUGUAUGAUCAAAUCUCCGAAGAUCAGCCCUUUGUCUAUCUAUGCUUUCCCUCCAGGCUUCCCUCGUGUGUUGCGUCAAUUUUAUCUCGUGGAAUGUGACUGGCUCGAGUUGUAACCAAGCCUGAUGGAUCUUGAAUGCGUGUCAUUAAGUUAGAGUCCGCCUUCGCAAAAGCAAUUGGUCGCAUUGCCCGUCCGCCCUGUUAUGCGCAGGUGGAAGGCCCCCAGGAUCUGGAAAGUUGGAUAGAGGAGAAACCCCGGCGACAAUAGGUAGCCUCGCCUAUCGGUCCGUUGCCCAUUCAUGGCUCUAGCAUCCAGUGACCCCGAGCCACCUGCAGCCUUCGCCGGUGCAGAAACCGAAGAUGACCACGCUGCGCCCAGUAAACAUCAUGGCCGGGCCCCCGUCCACCCUAUUUCCCAGCUUCAGGGUCCUUUUGAGGAGUCAAUGCUUGAGGCUGGCAAAGGCGCCCGAAGCGAAUGGGUGGUGGAGCUGGAUGCUCAGUCCCGGCGCAAGGAUCUGCUCGAAUCUGCCGAGUAUGAACGGCUCUGCGGCCGUAAAUGGCGCCAAAGGGCUGGCGAAAGAUAUCACCCAUUUUGGAAGCUUAUCUCCCAAAUGUCGUUCGGCAUUAGUCUCUUGACCAAACGAUUGGCCAAGUCAGAUGUGGAGGUUUUGAGAAUCCUCCAGGCUCACGUUGAUGAGAUGGACGGGUUUUUGGGAAGAACAACGGAGGAUUUUCUCUUAAUCCAGGUUGAUGUGCGCACUCGGAUCCAGUAUCUCAGUCUCCCACUAGGGAAUCUAGAAAUUUUCGACGAGAUGCUUAAUGACCGCCAGUUCCGCUCUGCCAUGAUCAGUUAUAAUGAAAAGAUUGAGUUUGCCGUCGAUCGCUUUACCCAAGCCGUCAAGGACGCCCUCAAAGACAUACAGAAAGGAAAGGCGGCAGUUGGUGCUCUCUGGCAGUACCUCGGGGACUCGGCAACGAAAAAUGCUCCUUUACCUAAAAAUAUCGCCGCUGUAUACAAUGCGAUGCUGGCGAAUACGGAGGGGUGGAAUGUCGCUCUCUCUAAACUCCGCCGAAAAGGUGUUGCCCUCGAGUCUGCACUUUUGCAGCUGGGCCUGACUAUAACCGAAAUGCAACGUCGCGUGGGCGUGGCAAGCAGGAAGGAGGUAGUAUCCUUGAUGCAUUCGUCUAGCGCUUCCCCCGGAGGCAAACGGCUUCGAGAUCGACUUUUUGAGAGAGGACUGUCCAUUGGAGCCCCGCCGCCCUCGAUCCCAGAGAAGCCUCUCCCAAGUGACCCAGGGCUCCAGGCGACAACGGCCAUGCCGCCCUUGCCCAAGCAAGCUGACCCUCGCCGAAUCCUGCGAAAGAGUGUUCCAAAUCUGCGAGCCGCCAAAUCGUCCGACAAUAAUUACCCCAGGGCAAAAUCAAUAAAUGGUUUCGUGGGCAAUGCAAAUGUCAUACCUUCAGCCUCUAAACUGGGACGCUCAAGCAGUCGAUUUUCAAAAACCAAACCCACCCCCAAGCCGGAGGACCGCCAAAACGAGGGUGUCAAAAUAGCACCAACGCGACCUGCCACGGCGCCUUCUAGAACAUUGCGAGCGCGAAGUACGUCAUUCGAACAAUUGAAAGCUUUUUGUAAAUACAGAAAAGAUCAGCAGCAGAACGUGAUGCUGCCACAAGCGCGGCCCGAGUCCCGAAGACCCUUGACAGCGCAGGCGUCGGCCAGAGGCGAGACUAUGAAAGAGCAGCUCCUGCAAUAUAUCAAAGGGGAUCGGGUGACGGACGCGUGGGAGAGCCGGCCCCAAGAAGAAAAGAUCGCAAGUCGGCAUUCUCAGAAAAAGGGCGACCUGUGGAGUAAAUUCCGUACUAAGUCAUCGCACCCUCCCGGCACUUCUGAAGAGCAACCGACGAACCUUUUGGAGGAUGACUUGGGGAGGCAGAUGGCCUGGCUACAGGAGGAAUCGGAAGCAUUGAACACCUACUCCUUGAAGCCAAGGCGCGAUGUGGCUCCUCGACUCCACGUUCUCUCGGUUCACAUGGGCUUAGCUCAGGACCUUGAGGAGGGCGGGAACUCCAGGCAACAAGAUGACAUUGAACCUCCAGAGGGAGAUACGCAUUCAAUUAUAACAGCGCUUCCGUCGGUGUCACCUUCAGUAGUACGCUAAUUCUCGCAUGCUUGACCGAUGUAUGUGCCGAGUAUAUAGAAAAGUUGGACUGAGCACAGAUACUCCCUUUUUAUUGUUGGCUUCUCGCCCUAGGCCGCUUAGCUGGUCGUGCAAACGAUCGCAGACAGGAUGACGCCUUCCAAUUCGAUAUCAGCAGCAAGAGCAGAUUGGUAUACAUCACUUUUCGAGAUCUGCAGUACUCAUGGCUGUAUAAGUUUUGACGCCCCUUCGGAACUCAGCCAGCAGGACUAAUCAUUGCACCCCUUUGCAGACAUAGAAGACAUAGAAAGACAUGAAUCGUACAAACUAUUC